AUGGCCCUGCCUUCUCUGGAACAUAGGGGAAACCAUAAUCACAGUGAAUUCAGUGUCAAAUUUCUUGUCUCAGGAGACUCAGCUAAUCUAACCUGCAGAGCUUUCUUUGGGUACAGUGGAGAUGUCAGUCCUUUAAUUUAUUGGAUGAAAGGAGAAAAGUUUAUUGAAGAUCUGGAUGAAAAUCGAGUUUGGGAAAGUGACAUUAGAAUUCUCAAGGAGCAUCUUGGGGAACAGGAAGUUUCCAUCUCAUUAAUUGUGGAUUCUGUACAAGAAGGUGACUUGGGAAAUUACUCUUGUUAUGUUGAAAAUGGAAAUGGACGUCGGCAUGCCAGCAUUCUCCUUCACAAACGGGAGCUGAUGUACACAGUUGAACUUGCUGGAGGGCUAGGUGCUAUCCUUUUGCUGCUUGUUUGUUUGGUGACCAUCUACAAGUGUUACAAAAUAGAAAUCAUGCUCUUCUACAGGAAUCAUUUUGGGGCUGAGGAGCUGGAUGGAGACAAUAAAGAUUAUGACGCAUACUUGUCCUACACCAAAGUGGAUCCUGACCAGUGGAAUCAAGAGACUGGGGAAGAAGAGCGCUUCGCUCUUGAAAUCCUACCUGACAUGCUUGAGAAGCACUAUGGAUAUAAGUUGUUUAUACCAGACAGAGAUUUAAUUCCAACUGGAACAUACAUUGAAGAUGUAGCAAGAUGUGUAGAUCAAAGCAAGCGGCUGAUUAUUGUUAUGACCCCAAAUUACGUAGUCAGAAGGGGCUGGAGCAUCUUUGAGCUGGAGACCAGACUUCGAAACAUGCUUGUGACUGGAGAAAUUAAAGUGAUACUAAUUGAAUGCAGUGAACUGCGAGGAAUUAUGAACUACCAGGAGGUGGAGGCCCUCAAGCACACCAUCAAGCUCCUGACGGUUAUUAAGUGGCAUGGACCAAAAUGCAACAAGUUGAACUCUAAGUUCUGGAAACGUUUACAAUAUGAAAUGCCUUUUAAGAGGAUAGAACCCAUUACACAUGAGCAGGCUUUAGAUGUUAGCGAGCAGGGGCCUUUCGGGGAGCUGCAGACUGUCUCGGCCAUUUCCAUGGCUGCAGCCACCUCCACAGCUCUAGCCACUGCCCAUCCAGAUCUCCGUUCCAAUUUUCACAACACGUACCAUUCACAAAUGCGCCAGAAACACUACUACCGAAGCUAUGAGUAUGAUGUACCUCCUACUGGCACCCUGCCUCUUACCUCCAUAGGAAAUCAGCAUACCUAUUGCAACAUCCCUAUGACACUCAUCAAUGGGCAGCGGCCACAGACAAAAUCCAGCAGGGAGCAGAAUCCAGACGAGGCCCACACAAACAGUGCCAUCCUGCCACUGUUGCCAAGGGAGACCAGUAUAUCCAGUGUGAUUUGGUGACAGAAAAGCAAGGGACAUCCUGUCCCUGGGAGCUUGAGUAGAGUCUGCAGUCCAGUGCCUGGAACUAAAUCCUCGACUGCUGCUGUUAAAAACAUGCAUUACAAUCUCUAGAACACGAGGAAAAACAGGGUCUUGUACAUAUGUUUUUUGCAGUUUCUUUGUAGCAUCGAUGUCUUGUUGUUUUACCACGUCUCUUACUCAUUACAUUUUUGACUUUGUUUUAUAUGUCACUGGAAUUUGUAAAUUUACAUUUUUUUAAAGAAGAGACUUAUGUGUAGAUAGAAAACCCUUUUUUGCUUCAUGAGUUUAGUUUUAGAAGGUGUUUCUUUUCCUUUUCUUGAUUUUGUUUUGCUUUUAACAUUUCCUUGGGGUGCUUGGACAAAUCCAUCUGAUGGGACAAGGAGCACCGGAUCCUCUCUUGGGUUCUACCUAGGAUCAGCAGGGCCACGCGGGCCUUCAGAGAGCAGUGCACCGACUGCCAGCAUUGCCAUUUGAGGGGAGAAAAACAAAGAAGAGAACACUUGCUCAUAGGAUGGCCCCGCCAAUCAGAGCCCUCAAUCUUUUCCUUGUCCCACCUCAUUUCCCACCUCUGCCCUUCUAAUGGCGGCAUGAUGUGUAAAUUCUGAGGAAGGGUGGGGGUGGGUCUAACUGUCUUAACAUUUAAUUCACUGCUGGUCAGAAUACACUCCAGACCCAAAAGUGUGCUAGUCACUUAACAGUGACCACUACAGCGU